GGGCGGCGGGGGAGGCUCCGUCCCGCCGCGGCGGAAGCGCCGCCCGCUCCCGCUGCCUGCCCAGGGCUGCUGCUGCUCCGGCACGGCACGGCACGGGGCCAGGAUGGGCCGGACGGUCGUGGAGCUGUUUUACGAUGUGAUCUCCCCGUACUCCUGGCUGGCGUUUGAGGUUCUCUGCCGGUACCGGCACAUCUGGAAUAUUGACCUGCGCUUCCGUCCAGCUUUCCUUGGUGGCAUAAUGCAACAAACUGGUAACAAGCCACCAGCAAUGUUACCAAAGAGAGGUGAAUACAUCCUGAAGGAUAUGAAAAGGAUGGCAAAAUACUACCAGGUGCCUGUACACACGUCUGCAGAUGACUUCCAGCGUAUCCUGGGCACAAGCAGUCUGACGGCCAUGCGCUUUAUCACAGCCACGGACAUGACAAACCCACAGUACCUGGAACCCUUAUCUAGGGAGUUCUGGAUGCGGUUUUGGUCACAGCAUGAAGAUAUCAGCCAGCCAGAGAACAUAUUGGCUGCUGCCCAACAGGCUGGGCUUUCAGCAGAGCUCUCCCAGAAGGCACUUGAAAUGAUUUCAACCCCUACAGUGAAGGACCGACUGAAGGAGACAACAGCUGAAGCACUGAAAUAUGGGGCAUUUGGGAUGCCUGCUGUUGUGGCACAUUAUGAUGGGAAACCUCAUCUGUUUUUUGGCUCUGACCGUUUAGAGCUGCUGGGCAGCAUUAUAGGUGAAAAAUGGCUGGGACCAGUUCCAAGUCCCAAGCUGUAAAAAGUCACAGGGAAAUAUAUAAGAAAGAAAAUAUAUAUGUCAAUCUUCAGUGAUUAUCUGAAUGUAUUAAAUUUUAUGGAGAGAUGCCUUUCUCACCCUUAACAGUUCACUUUACUGCUUGGUCUCAUCUCUAAUUUUGAAGAAUUUCAAGGUUUGCCAGCCUGGUGAGGUGUUUACCAACACAAAUGUGUUUCUUUUCUUUCAACAUAUCAGAGAUUAGCAUUAAAGAUUUAACUUCUUGCAGAGUGAA